CCGUUUCAUAACUUUCUGCACCUCUAAGUCCUUCAUCAUGUCGAUGCUACCACCCAGUUCAUCUACCUCUGCGCCUUCUGAUGGUUCACGUACGAUAACUAUCCAAGACUCGCAGCCUCGCGAAGAGGAAGGCGCGAACUCUGGAGAUGAGCCGGAGGUCGGCACCCUCCGCUUGCGGGGCGGGCCCAGAGAACGGCGCAGGAGCAGGCCAUCAGUCAUCUGGCGGGAAGACGUUGUCGACAAUGAGCAUAUGGGUAAGAAGUCAUCGAAGAUCUGCUGUAUCUACCACAAGCCCAAGCGAUUUGACGAAUCCUCAUCAGAAGAAUCAUCCGACUCCGACUCUGAUUCAUCGUGUGAUAAUCGUCGAGCAUGUUCUCGCCGCUCUCAACCGCGCGAUGGGGCAGAUUCUAGAGUGGGUGGGGAAGGGACUGCUACUCGAGACGGCGGUAGCACCACGGUCCAUGCUGUACAUGAGCAUGACCUCGAGCUUAAUGCGUACGAGCGACAGCCAGGCAGGAAUUUGAAGAAGGGGAAGGCACCGGCUCGGAGUACCAGCAGUUAGAUAUGUUAGCACCUAUGGACUACUGUACUAUAGCCGUAGUUAUUCUUGGUAUGGCACGCUUCCCUCGUUUAUCGUG